UUAAAGACGCUGAUCAUAAUUGUCAUCGUCUUCAACCGUGUGCGAUUUGCUUUCUCUUUACUUACCAUUUUUAGCCUCUCCAAUCAUAUACAUACACACAGGAUCUCCAUUUCUCCAAUCCAUCAUCAUAUUGGUAUCAUCAUACCCUUGUUCUUGUUGUUGUUAACGUAUCUACAAUUUAGGUUUUCAUCCGAUUUCCUUGCUAUUAUCCCAAACUUUCACCACUAGAGAUUUAGGUUUACACCCUUCGUAUUCCAUGUCGCGAUCUUCGAAUCUAUACGAUUUUGAAGAGAAUUGAAGCGGAUUCUGCUUUUCGAUUGCGUGUUGUGAAUUUAGGUUUUGAAUAUCGAAGGAUUUAACCGAUUUUGGAAGAGAUUUUAUGCACAUAGAGAGAUCAUGGCUGCAGGAACUGAAUUUUCACCCUAUGGAAUGUUAGAAAGUGGUUUCAACAGAGAUAAUAUGUCAACUGGAGAAGAUAUCAUGUCACAGAAUACAGAUCAUUUGAAACAGAUGGUGAUCCGGAAGCCACCGAGGCAUGUAUCCGGUGUUCGACAUAGUAUGAGCACUGCAACGCUGCAACCGCCUCAUAGUCCGGAUUUUGGCUUUGGGAUUGUGGCUGUUACAGAUGGGAAAUCGGAUUUUUUGCCCAUGAUUCGAUCGGGAAGCUGUGCAGAAAAAGGACCAAAACAAUAUAUGGAAGACGAACAUAUAUGCAUAGAUGAUCUUCUUGAAUAUUUAGAUGGAAUAGAAGGUUUCCCUUCCCCUGGAGCUUUUUACGGGGUAUUUGAUGGACAUGGUGGUACAGACGCUGCAACUUAUGUUAGAAAAAACAUAUUAAAGUUCAUUAUUGAGGAUUCUCAGUUCCCUGUUUGUUUAGAAAAGGCGAUUCAGAAUGCAUAUGUGAAAGCUGACCACGCCUUUGCUGACAAUGCAUCUCUUGACAUCUCAUCAGGAACCACCGUCUUGACUGCACUUGUAUUCGGAAGAAUGAUGGUAGUUGCCAACGCCGGCGAUUGUCGGGCCGUAUUAGGGAAACGAGGUAGAGCGAUUGAACUAUCAAAAGACCACAAACCGAAUUCUCCAUCUGAAAGACUAAGAAUAGAACAGCUCGGUGGAGCCAUCUACGACGGUUACCUAAAUGGUCAAUUAUCAGUGGCCCGAGCCCUCGGAGAUUGGCACAUGAAAGGACCGAAAGGGUCAGCCUGCCCGUUAAGCGCUGAGCCGGAGCUGCAGCAAAUCCAACUGACCGAAGACGAUGAGUUUCUUAUAAUCGGGUGUGAUGGUCUGUGGGACGUGAUGAGCAGCCAAUGUGCAGUGACAAUUACUAGAAAAGAACUGAUGGUACAUAACGACCCAGAACGAUGCUCGAGAGAGCUGGUUCGCGAAGCCCUGAAAAGGAACACUUGUGAUAAUUUAACGGUGAUCGUCAUCUGUUUCUCGCCGGAUCCUCCACCACGAAUUGAAAUACCUCAGACUCGUGUCAGGCGAAGUAUAUCGGUGGAAGGUCUGAAUUUUCUGAAAGGCGUAUUGGACAGUAACUCAUGAACAUGGCGAUGACGAGCUCAAAAUUAUUAUUAUUAUUGUUAUUUUUUGGGAAUUAAUUUUCUGAUUUGUACAUUGUUGUUGUAUGGAUGAAUAGGAGGAUUCUUGACUGUUAACCCAUUGUUAAUAUCCCAUGGUUUGUUCUAAAUUUACAUUACUUUCUCCUUGAGUU